CAGAAAGAAGUUAGCAUUGUUUCGCCGGUACGGCAAAGUUCAACUCAAAAGUUAUCCGCUAUCAGGGGUCACAAGUUAUUAAAACUGUAUAAACGAUACAGUUAAAGUCCUUUUGUGUACAUAAUGGGGGACAAGCAGCACGCAUCUAAUCACGAUGCCAAAGAAUACGGCACUUUUACCACUCCGACGGGAAGUUUGCUGGAAAAGAGCGAAAAGCAACAAGUUAACGAUAUCUACAGUUCGAGAACUCGAAUACCAUGCCGCUUCGAAGUGGACAGAAGUGCUAUGACCCAAGUGCUUUUAGAUGACAUAUCCCCACCCCUUGAAGAUAUUAAUUCUUUCCCUGAAAAAGUAACAACAGCUUUUAGGAACCAUUUCACUGUAUCUUGUAGCUGUGUGAAUAAUUUUAUGAAGAGAGCAUUCCCAGUCUUAGGAUGGCUUCCUAAAUACAGUAUCAAAAAUGAUUUACUCCUAGAUGUUUUAACUGGGUUUACAUUACUAAUUUUACAUGUACCUCAAGGUAUGGCAUAUGCACAACUGGCAUCUUUGCCUCCUGUAUAUGGCUUAUAUACAUCAUUUUAUCCAGUACUAGUUUAUUUUUUCUUAGGGACAUCUCGACAUGUAUCUAUGGGUACUUUUGCAAUUUCUAGUCUUCUGGCUGGUACAGAAGUUGAUGACGUAUUCCGCCAAGAAACCAUUAAUCACAAAAUUAUGGCUGAAGAAACAAAUAUGCUCAAUGGAACAAUAAAUUCUUCAAUGUCUACAUUGGGUCCACCUGUAGUUCAUGAUAAAAUCCACAUCGCCAUGAUAAUUACAUUUGUUGUUGGUAUACUUCAGACGGCUAUGGGUCUUUGCCGGAUGGGAUACUUGACUUCUUUUAUGUCAGACGAGAUGAUCAGUGCAUUCAUUACAGGAACUGUCAUCCAUAUUCUUACUAGUCAAAUCAAGCCUCUUACUGGUGUCGAGAUUCUGAAACACUCUGGGCCAUUCAAUGUUAUCAUUACAUGGAUUUCUUUCUUCAGUAACAUACAAACAGUGAAGUAUGUGGUUAUCUUACUAUCCAUCUGCAGUCUUCUCUUUCUAAUUGUAGUUAAGGAAUUUAUUAAUGGCAUCUGCUUGAAGAAAUCAAAAAUUCCUGUUCCAGCUGAACUUAUACUGGUAAUUUCUGGUACUUUGAUUUCCAAAUAUCUCUCUUUGCAUACACAUGGUGAUGUUGAUGUUGUUGGGUCCACACCAACAGGAUUGAAAGCUCCAGAGCUUCCACCAUUUGAGCUCGUUCCAAAAGUUCUCACAUCUAGCAUGAUCUUGUCAAUCAUUUGUGCUGCAACAACACUCUCCAUGGUUCUCAUAUAUGCAAAAAAGCAUGAAUAUGAAGUGGACACAAACCAGGAACUAAUAGCAUAUGGUGUUGGUGGUAUAGUAUCUUCCUUUUUCUUCUGCUUUCCGAGCUGUGGUUCACUAUCAAGAAGUGCAAUGCAAGAGAGUACUGGUGCAAAAUCACAAAUUUGCAGUCUUGUGUCAUGUAUGUUGAUGCCUGUUGUAUUAUUAGUAUUAGCACCACAGUUCGAGCCACUACCCAGUUGUGUUCUGUCAGCUAUCAUUGUCGUGUCUUUGAAAUCUAUGCUGAUGUACUUUGGAGAUUUGAAACGAGCUUGGAAGGCCUCUAAAUUGGAUGCUUCUGUUUGGAUUGUGACAUUUCUAUCUGUUGUUAUAUUGGAUAUGGAUUAUGGCCUGAUCAUUGGAAUUCUGUUUUCAUUAAUUACGGUACUUUUCCGAUCCCAAUACCCAGAAACCUGCCUACUAGGUAACUUACCAGGCACAGAAAUAUACAGAAAUGUAGAAAAAUACCCAAAUGUGAUGGAAAUACCAGGUGUAAAAAUCUUUCAUUUUGGAGCAUCCAUCUAUUUUGGCAACAGAGAAUAUUUUAGGUCACAGAUCUUCCACCAUGUCAGUUUUCAGCAAAGUCAAACUACAAAGGCUCAAAUAAAGUACCAAAAUGCACAGUGUGAGAAAGAGAAGAUUGUUACAACAGAGGAUCAGUUGACAUUUUCAAAUACUUACAAAUAUGAUUUCUUAAAAAUCAUUAUUCUGGAACUUUCUGCAGUGGCUUACAUGGAUUCUGGAGGAGUUGCUAUGCUUUUACAGGUAAUGAGAGAAUUUGCAGUGAACAAUAUUGUGAUAUAUUUGGCUUGUGUUCAAGAGCCAGUACUAGAAAGUUUGGAAAGUCAAGGUUUUUUUAAAUCUGUCAGUAAAGAGUUCCUAUUCCCUACAGUACAUGAUGCAGUACUUUACGCACAAAGUGGAUGUUGUUCUUCCUAGCAUUAAAUAACUGGAAUGUUGAACUCACCACAAAUAUGUAUAUUACAAUGUAAAAAUCUUGUAUAGUUUAUCUGUGCUCAUCCAUACAAAAUACAACUAUGGUCGGUCAACUGUACAUUCAAUUCACAGAAAGACAAAACUGCAAUUUAACACAGUAAAUAAUAGUGCUUUUAAAAAAUAUCAAACUUCUAAUUUUACCCAUAUUCAAAAGAUCCAAAUUCUAAAUUUGAAUUGUUUCGUAUAAAUUGCAGUAUUCUUUUUCAAAGCGUUUGCAAGGUUUUGAAACUUUUGAUAUUAUUAUUCCUUUUAUAGGUACAAAAAUUUAUAUACCUGAAAACAGUUUUGAAAUCAAAAUCUGCAAAGAUGCAAACCAAUGCUCUCUAUUCAACAUCACAAAUGACUGUCCUAAUGUAAAUAAAUUUGUUUGUACACUCAAC